AUGAGAGUUGUAACUUUUGUGAUUCUGUUAUCUGCUCUGCAGGUGAAUAUGCUAAAUAUUUCAUUGUUGAAAGACGAUCAUUUAUCGUAUUGUCUUAAAAGAAUUGCGCGUGAUGUCGACUAUCAUAUGCAUAUUUUUAUAAAAAGUACAAAUGUUACUUUAUCAUUAGUUCCCACAUUUUCAAAGAUAGCUAUAGAAAGUAACAAUUUAAAUGUAUUGGACACUUUCAGUAGUACUCCAAAUUUAUUUACGAUAACUUAUGGGUCCCUCGUUGAACUUAAUGAUACUCUUUUUGAUUUAUCUGCAAAAACAGUUUUCAGAACAAUUUUGUCGCAUUUCAUUGUUCUUACCACAAAACAUGAAGAAUUACUUCAAAUAUCAAAGCUAUUGUGGAAGUACAGAUUCUAUAAGAGUUUAAUCCUGUUACAGAAUGAUGUAAUUGUAGAAUUGUACGUUAUUGAUUACAAAAAUAGUAACUGCGGAAAGAUAAUAAAAUACAAGAAAAUUAACAGCUGCAAGAAUAAGAAAUUCAAGCGUAAAGUUAAACCAAUCAAACCAAACGUGAAGAAGAGUUUUAGUCAAUGCUCGUUGACAGUAGGUGUUUCAUUCACUCCUCCCAUGAUUCUUAACAUUAGCGAUUCAUAUCCUGGAAUAGUAACAGAACUACUAAGAGUAAUCAGUGCUUCAAGCAGCUUUAACUUUCAGUUUAAUCAGGAUGAUUGUUACCUAGACCAACUUAGAGAAUUCCGAUUUGAUGCAAUGUAUGAACAUUUCGACAUUGGAAAAAUUGAUUUAGCCUUUACUCUAAAUCUUCAUUUGACCCAUAAGGUUUUUUUUUGUGUCCACAAUGUAGGAUUCUAUAUGUUCUUCUGUCUAUUAGAACUAACCUACCGACAAGCUAAAAUGACAAGCUUUUCUCCAUUGGCAUUAUACGAAAAACGAAUAAGAAAUAUGGACGAUCUGAUAAAUUCCAAUAUUCCCGUUAAGAUGUAUGCUAGUAAUACAUUGAGCUUUCCGAAGGACAGUCCUUUAUUGAAAAAAACUGAAGUCUUUCCUGACUCUAAAACAGAUUUAGACAACGUAGUAGUGGCGGCUUCUCGAGAAGGUUUUGCAACUAUGUGGGGAAAAAUUGGGUUCAUCAACCGCCCUUUUUUGUCUGAAACAAUGGACUAUUUCAAUGUGGAACCAUACCAGUAUGGAUUUUACAUACCGGACAACAACAUAUUCUACGAGGAGUUUGUUAUAUCGAUUCGAAGAGUUAUAGAAUGUGGAUUUUUGGAAGCUUUAUACAGGAAAUACAAAACCUUUUUCAUGUUUAAAUAUAAACAUGCUUAUUUAAGUCAUGAUACAAGCGUGAAAAGGGAUUUAAAUAGCUGCAUGUUCAUGUUUAUCGUAUUAUUUGCUGGAUAUUGUAUUUCACUGGUUGUAUUUGGGAUUGAAAUGCUUGUUGCAAGAGAAUACAGUCCAUUGACAACACUAAAAAUUUCAGGUAAACGUUUUAUAGACAGUUUUAGAAGGAAAAAUAAAAAUGAUGGUAUGCCUGAUCCGAACAAGAUCUAG